CGUCUUCUUCUUCUUCUUCUUCGAAACGUGGGGAUCCUCCUGGUUAACUUCUACUGAGAGAUCGAUUCUCCUCCUCCUCGUCAUCCCUCUUUCUCCGAGCAACUCCCAAGUAGAUCCACCUCGUCUCCCCCACCUUCCCUGCUAAGUUGCGAUUCGGAACCCCCGGUGGAUGGUCGCUGGUAGUUGUCGGCUCUCCAAAGAUUUCUCUUUUAUUCCGUGCUCCCCUGCAGUUUACUUUGAAGGCUUGCCGUUCAGAAGAGUGACGUCUGGUUGCGGAGUUUAAUUUGUAGACGCUAGAAUUGAUGCUGAUCGACCUCUCCUGAGCUGCGGAAGUGGGUCUUUCGAUCCGCCUAAUUUUGAUAAGAGGAGAGCGAGUUGCUUGUCGUUGGCCUCGGACAAAAUGGGAGGGCUUUGUUCCAGGAGCGCUGUUGCUAAGAGUAAUCCUUAUGCAAACCCAAAUGGGGGUUUCAAUCAUUACAACUAUAAGCCCGCUUCGGUUCACCAGUCGAGCGUGCAUAGCAAUUUGACUCCGCCACAGGUACGUCAGGUCAUGGUCAAACAAUCGCAGGAAACCAAGCAGUCGCAGGAACCGGCUGCCCCAACCCGUCAGGCGGCCAGUGCAGCUCAAUAUGGGAACAAUGAUGAUGAAUUUUAUGAUGGGAUUCCCAGAUACCAGAUGCAGAAGUCACGAUCAGUAAGGUCUAUUGCAAAGGUUUCAGAGGUUAGCUCCCGUCUAGGCAGAGGGGCAGUGGAAGUCCUGGACAAUCUCACUAGUAGCAUGACAAAUUUGAAUCCUGGUGGUGGAUUCGCUUCUACAGUGGCAACUAAAGGAAAUGAACUCACAAUAUUAUCUUUUGAGGUUGCAAACACUAUAGUCAAGGGGUCCAGUCUUAUGCAAUCCCUUUCCAAGAGAAGUAUAAGACAUUUGAAGGAAGAGGUGCUUUGUUCAGAAGGUGUUCAGCAUCUAAUAUCUAAAGAUGUGGAUGAGCUCCUACGAAUUGUUGCAAUGGACAAGAGGGAGGAGUUGAAGGUUUUCUCAGGAGAGGUGGUUCGUUUUGGGAACCGCUGCAAAGAUCCUCAAUGGCAUAACUUAAACCGCUACUUUGAGAAGAUUAGCAGAGAAUUAACUCCUCAAAAGCAAUUGAAGGAAGAGGCUGAAAUGGUGAUUCAACAACUGAUGACUUUGGUCCAGUAUACUGCUGAGUUAUACCAUGAACUGCAUUCAUUGGACAGGUUUGAGCAAGAUUAUUAUCGCAAGCGUCAUGAAGAAGAUAAUUCAAGCACGACACAAAAAGGUGAUGGCCUCUCUAUUUUGAGAGGAGAACUUAAGAGCCAAAAAAAGCAAGUGAAAAAUUUGAAAAAGAAGUCGCUGUGGUCCAGAAGCUUGGAAGAGGUGAUGGAAAAGCUUGUUGAUAUCGUUCAUGUCCUGCUUCUGGAAAUACAUAGUACUGUUGGGACUGCUGAUGCUCAUGUACCAGCAAAACCAUCCAUGAGCAAUACAAAACUGGGACCUGCUGGCCUAUCCUUGCAUUAUGCAAAUAUUAUUGUCCAAAUUGAUACUCUUGUAGCUCGAUCCAGCUCUAUGCCAUCCAGCCUGAGGGAUUCUUUGUAUCAGAGUUUGCCACCUAGUAUAAAGUCGGCAUUGCGCUCCAGAAUUUGUUCUUUUCAUGUCAAAGAAGAGCUCUCUGUUGCAGACAUCAAAGCUGAGAUGGAGAAGACUCUGCAGUGGCUUGUUCCAAUGGCCACAAACACAGCGAAAGCUCAUCAUGGUUUCGGAUGGGUCGGUGAAUGGGCUAAUACUGGGUCUGAGUUAAACAGGAAGCCAACUGGACCUACAGACGUCAUUCAGAUUGAAACACUCUACCAUGCAGAUAAGGAUAAAACUGAGUCCUAUAUCCUUGAACAACUUUUGUGGCUCCACCAUUUGGUUAGUAAAUCAAAGAAUUCUGCAAACACUGGUGGCUCGAGGUCUCCCAUUAAAUCCCCAAACCAUCUGUCCCUGGAGAAAUCGAGCAAUGAGGUUAAAGACGAGUCUGCCAAAACCUGCGCGCCUUUACUGACCGCUGAAGACUUAAAGAUGUUACAAGACAUAAGUAAGAAAAAAAGACGGUUGGGAAUUAGUAAGAGCCAGGAUUUUGACACCUUCAAGGCUGGUUUGAAGAAGCAUGACAGAUUGAGCAAGAGUAGCAAUUAUUCCCCAGCUAGGGAGAGUAAGGAGUCUCUUCCAUUGAAACGGCUCUCUUCAGGAAUUCCGGUUAUAGAUUUUGUUAUCGAUAAGCAAAAGGCCUUGGAUGUCAUUGAUAGAGUCAACGAAUUUAGAUGAUUCAAAGGGAUUCACAUCCCUCUUGAUAAAGUAAAACAGCCUAUAGAGAGAGAGACAUGGUUGUCCCACGUCCUGCUCUUGUCUACCACUGUGUACAUAGAGUUCUGGAAUGCAGCGAUCCCACAGCAUCCCCGGUAGAUGGAGGUUUUCUUGCCAUACAUUCUGCUUCAAAGAAUUGGGGGAAUGUUUGCAGUCUCUGUCGCUCGAAAGUUCCUCCUAUGACAUGGUGGCAACACAGGUACGCUUUGGAAGCUGGGGAGAUGUGGCUGGGAGGAUGUGAAAGGGAGGUGAUUCACAGCGUAGUUUGAGAACGUAGUGAAAAGAAUACGUGAUAUUCUUUAGGUGUCUGUACAGAGAGUGGGAGUCAUCUGUUCAAAUUUUUCAUCUUGGGUUGUAUGGAGUUUCUCUUUUUGGGGUUUGCGUCCGCAUUCCUUCAGUCUCCUCUGUCCUACUUUGGCGGUUUCUUUUUAUUUCUUGUGUUUCUUUCUCUUGUCCUUGUAAUUCUUUGUAUGGCUUGAACAUGUAAAGUUGUAGUACGACAUGAACUCUAUUUGUGAACUAAAUACAGCAUUAAAUCGCUUAGAGAAUCUUUUGUUCUAAG